CAUUUUGUUAUAUUGUUUCCUUUGUUCCCACCACCCCUUUGUGUACGAAUUCUAGGAAUUUGAUAGAUGCAGGGGAAGAAAAAAAUGGUUGGGGGGGUGGAUUCAACUAGGCCAAUGACCAUCCUUGUUGUUUAGCUUUUUACCCCCCAAGUUUACCCCUCUUGGUCAUCUUCUUGUAGAGAGACGCUCGUUACUGGCAUAAACGUGGAGAACUUCGUGCUGUGCAGUUACUGUUCAGUUCGUGGAGAAAUGAACGCCAUUUUCCACUGAAAUAUUUGCAUUUUCCACACAUAAUUCGAGAAUCCAAAAGCUGGAAUAAUAUGGAGGGAAGGCCAAUGGGAAGAAGUCGCGGACGUGCUCGAGGCAUUCCAGUGGUUGUGACGCCACCAAAUCCAGCUCUAAGUGCUUUUGGUCGUCCAGUAGCUGUUAGCCCUCCGGUUCCAACGUCACCCCUAGCGAGCCCAACUCCAAGUGGUCUACUGACCCCUGUACCAUCAGGCUCCCAGUCUAUGAGCGACACAAUCAGAGCAGCAGCGAUUGCUCACGUUCUUCCUCCAGCCGUGGAGCUGCUCCCAAGCGAAAUUGCCGCAAGUUUGGGGAGGGGUGCCCUCAGAGGGCGAAGGAUGAUCAAUCCUGACAUCCUGAGCACUCGUCCCAAACACGUCCGGGACUGCAAAAAGGGCUCUUCUGGGUAUCCAAUCACCCUCCAGGCGAAUUACUUCAAGGUCCUGGAGCAUGCCGAUUGGUGCCUGUACCAGUACCGGGUGGACUUCGAACCCGAGGAGGACCACACGAUGAUAAAAAAAGGACUCGUUCGACAGUGCCGAGAGCAGCUCGGAUCGUACAUCUUCGAUGGUACUGUUCUCUACACAGCCAAUAAAUUCAGCCCUGAGAACACGAACUUGCAAGCUGUACGUCAGCACGACAAUCAGCAAAUGCGGAUCACCCUGAAGCUCGUUGGGGACAUGAGCAGGGGGGAUCCACACUAUCUCCAGUUCUACAACAUUCUGACCAGAAAGUGUCUGGAGAUCUUGAAGCUUCAACUGGUCGGGAGGAACUAUUUUGAUCCAAAUGCUAAGGUGGAAAUUGCAGAGUACCAGUUUGAGCUAUGGCCGGGUUACAUAACAUCAAUUCGUCAGCACGAGAAUGACAUUCUCAUGUGCACAGAUAUCAACCACAAAAUCAUGAGGCAGGAGACAAUCCUCCACAUCCUGGAGAAAAUAAGAGCCCUCAAGCCAUCUGAUUACCAGAAUGCAUUCAAGUUAGAAGUCAUUGGCAUAAUGAUCUUGACGGGCUACAACAACAACACAUAUCGCAUCGACGACGUCGACUUCAGUCAGAGUCCUGAGGGAACUUUCGUGAACAGGAGGGACCCCAGUAAGCCCAUUUGUUACAUCGACUACUACAAGAGUAAAUAUGGAAUUACUAUCAAGGUACCAAGGCAGCCACUUUUGGUCAGUAGAUCUUCAGCUCGUGAUCGUCGUGCUGGGAAAGACGAGAUCAUCUAUCUGGUUCCUGAGUUGUGCAAAGCAACAGGUCUCACCAAUGAUAUGAGAAAUGAUUUCCGUCUAAUGUCUGCACUGGCUGAACACACCAGAGUUGAACCUCGCAAACGAAUUGAUAAACUCCUGGCCUUCAAUCGUCGACUGCACAAUGAGCCAACGAUCCAACAAGAGUUUCAAAAUUGGAACUUGAAGCUCGACACAAAGCUCCUUCAAGUGCCCGGAAGGCUGUUGCCAAAAGAAAACGUGUACUUUGGUGACAAUCAAAAAGUUGAGGCUGGAAUCAAUGGGGAUUGGACCAGGAGCAUCAAUGACAGCUUGUAUAUUACAGCGGAGCUGAAGAGCUGGGUUGUCGUGGUACCAGAGAGACUCGUGCGCGAGGCUAAGAACUUCGUGGCGGUCAUGAUGCGCUCAGCCAAGAACUUUCUCAUAAGCGAGCCCCAGUACAGAACGAUUUCCAGCGACCGUUCUGAAUCUUACACAGCCUGUCUCGAAAGGAUAAUGAGUACAGUGAAUCCCCAGCUUGUCAUGUGCAUUCUAAUGAAACAUCGUGCUGACACAUAUUCAGCGAUCAAAAAGAAACUCUGCAUUGAUCGACCAGUGCCGAGCCAAGUGGUGACUGCUCGAUGCCUGAAUAACAAAGGAAUUACAUCCAUUGCAACAAAAGUUGUUAUUCAGAUGAACUGCAAAAUCGGCGGUAUACCCUGGACGGUUCACAUUCCCGUGAGUGGACUCAUGGUGGUUGGAUACGACGUGUGUCGCGAUAUAAGCAAACGAGGAACAGACUUCGGAGCAAUGGUAGCUUCUCUGGACAAGAAACUGAGCCGUUACUUCUCGACAGUCUCAGCUCACACAUCUGGCGAGGAGCUGUCUAGCCAUUUAGCAGCCAACAUGGUGAAAGCCCUCGCAAAGUACCAGGAGGUGAACAAAGCCCUUCCAUCAACAAUAGUCAUCUACAGAGACGGUGUUGGUGAGGGACAGAUCCCAUUUGUGGUGGAUCACGAGGUGAUGAACGUCAAGAGAGCCACUGAAAAGAUCUAUCGAGGACCAGUCAAACUGGGUUAUAUUCUCGUCAACAAUGGCACCAAUACGAGGCUCUUUCAGGGCACACGAAACCCUCUGCCAGGUACAGUGGUCGACGAUGUUAUCACCAACCCCAUGAAAUACGACUUCUUCUUGGUUUCUCAGGGGGUGAAGCAAGGCACUGUGACACCCACGUCGUACAGCGUUAUUUAUGACAAUCUGUCACUCAGCCCUGACAAAAUACAACUGCUGACGUACAAGAUGACGCACAUCUAUUACAAUUGCUCAACCACAAUGAAGGCACCUGCACCGGUGAAAUUCGCACAUAAACUUGCUUUCCUUGUGUCACAAUCGAUACACACAGCUCCAACCAAUCAACAUCUGGAGACUCUUCUGUACUUCCUAUAGGAGGUACUCGAGGGUCUUCAAAGUGCUUCUGUCUGAGAGAUCUCAGGAACAUGAGCAAAGUCGAUUCGCGUCGAAAUCUUCCGAUAACGAGUUAGACUCAUUUCUCAUUUGUCAAUAUGACCCCCAUCCCUUUAUGUUCGAAAGGGGAGAAAAUAUCUGUCUCAUCGUUUUUAUUAUUUUUGGGAGGGGAGUUUUUGUGAUAAGUAAGCUACUUCAUUGGCUGUUUUAGUUUCAUCAAAUCCUGUUCACAUCAUUUUGCUUUUCUUUUGAAGAAAACCUAAUCAGUGCUCAAUCAAGUCAAUCAAUCAAGAUUAGACGAGAGUCGAAACUUCCGAAACCGAAAAUUUUGAUGAAUUUUUGUUGUUGUUGUUGUUAUUUAUUAUAAAUCUAAUAAUUACUGUAAAAUUGAGAAAUGAGAAGAGAACAGAAUAUGGCUUCUUGAAGGAGUAUCCCUACUUUGAAUUAAUACAAAAAUGGGAAUAAACAUAAUUGUAUAAACAAAUUAUUGUCAAUAAGCCCCAGGCAAUUAAACGAAUUAAUCUAAAUUCCAAGUGGACAAUUUGUCAGUUUAUUAAUCAACUCUUUCCUCUGAAUUUUUUCUUUCAUUACACAUCAAACUCUUCAGCAUUGGGAAUCCGUCAGUAAUGGGAUGAAUAACAAAGGCAUAAUUUCCUCUUGACAAUACAGUUUCUUAUUCAGCAAGAUAUUCCAUUGAAUCGAGGCGUAUUGAAUGAAUGAACUAAUAAAUAAAUCGAACAUGUGACAACAUAAUUACAUUUACAAAUUGUAUACCUCAUCUAGAAGCGACUGGGCAGGAUGUACUGAAUAUUCUCGACGUCAGCUCCCAUUUUCGAAAUAAAACUAAUUUUUCCGUAAAAUUUUCGAAUCAAUUGACUGACACUCAGAAUUUGUUUUUUCUCUCACAGAUAUCUCCCUCAAUUCUCUCGAAUUAAUUCAGAUCAAUGAUCUGAUUUUCAUGAAUAAUUCGUUGCGAUUUUCUCUGGGGUAAAACUAACUUCAAAUCAUCAAUCUCUCCAAAAUUUUCUCGACAAAUGAAUAAUCCAUAUUUUAUUUCCAUUAGAAGUUUUUAAUGUUGUUUAUUUAAUAUAUAAAACCAAGAGAACGAAAGAAAAAUGAAUUUGUACUUUUUCACACAGAUCAGAUAAUAAUCUGGCGUAUGAUUUUUUUGAUACAGCAACAUCCUAUGCACACGAAUAUCUACCCCGAAAAAUGUCGUUAGAAUGUAAUUGUUCAUUUCUAAAAACGUGUGACGUCACAUACGUAUUUUAAUCCAGGUUGUUUUUUUUUUUCAUUUUUAUUUUGUUCUUGCUAAUUUCAACUAUCUAAUUUUUCGCUAUUAUUAAGUAUAAACAAUGCCCCAGGGACGCCUAACAAGAUCAUUGCAGUGAUAGAGGGUUCAGAGGCGUGAGGAAAGUCCAAAGAAAAU